AUGUACGAUCCCGAUUUCCAGGGUCCCGUUGCCAAAAGGAGUUGUACGGACGUUCUGUGCUGUAUGAUCUUCAUGCUGUUUGUUAUUGGUUACGUUCUGUUAGGACUCACAGCUUGGGCACAUGGUGACCCCAGGAGAGUGGCCUACCCAACAGACAGCAAGGGACAGUUUUGUGGUCAGAAGGGAACCCCCAAUGAGAACAAGACCAUUUUGUUUUACUUUAACCUACUCAGAUGCAGCAAUCCUUCCAUCAUGCUCACGCUACAGUGCCCCACCACACAGAUCUGUGUCUCCAGGUGCCCAGAGAGAUUCCUAACCUACCUGGAUAUGCAGUUUCUGAACAAAAAAGAUGAAAGAUACUGGGAAUACUACCGCCAGUUCUGCAAGACCACGGCCAGGUCUGAGGAGUCUCUGUCAGAUCUUCGGUCCUAUGGUGACUGUCCCUCAGCAGUCUACCCAAGCAGACCUCUCCUGCAGAGAUGUCUGCCUGACUUCUCAACCGUCAAUGGUUCCUUAACUAUAGGACAAAGGACAGAUUUCCAAGACGGAACGGGGAGUAGCCUAACUGUCAUAGACCUAAGCAAAGUUGCAAGUGACAUCAGUAAGAUCCUCGAUGCCAGGGUGAUCGGGCUGAAGGUAUUUGAAGACUAUGUGACCACAUGGAAAUGGAUUCUCCUUGGUCUGACUAUCGCCAUGGCACUGAGCUGGAUUUUUUUGAUACUCCUGAGGUUCACAGCUGGAUUCAUCUUCUGGGUCUUCAUGUUUGGUGUGCUUGGAAUUAUAGGAUAUGGCAUAUGGUACUGUUUUCUGGAAUACAACAGCCUUCAGUGGAAGCCACAGUCAACCAUCAUGUUAUAUGAACUCGGGAUUCAGACCAGCAUAAGCCUGUUCUUUCACUGGAAGCAGACCUGGUUCUCAAUGAUGAUCAUCUUAUCCGUCAUCGAAGCCAUCAUCAUCAUCGUGGUAAUCUUCCUCCGGAGGCGGAUCCACUUGGCCAUCAUCCUGCUGAAGGAAGGAAGCAAGGCCAUUGGCUACAUCCCAAGCACGCUAGUCUACCCAUUUUUAACUUUCGUCUUGCUGUCCAUCUGCAUUUCCUACUGGGCUGUGACAGCUGUCUUCUUGGCUACUUCAGGGGUACCAACAUACAAAGUUAUGGUCCCAGAGGGGCAGUGUAUGCAUGAAAAUGAAACUUGUGACCCAGAGGUUUUCCCCAGAACGAACAUUCCCAAAGUGUGCCCUGGGGCAUCAUGUAACUUCGCUUUCUAUGACAGAGAGAGUAUGUACAAUGAUUACAUCAUGACCUUCCAGAUCUACAACUUCUUUGCCUUCCUCUGGCUUAUAAAUUUUGUCAUUGCGCUGGGUCAGUGUGCCCUGGCUGGUGCCUUUGCUUCAUACUACUGGGCCAUGAGAAAACCUGAGGACAUCCCGAAGUACCCACUCUUCACCGCCUUUGGUCGAGCAGUGCGGUACCACACAGGUUCUCUAGCCUUUGGAUCUUUGAUUCUUGCAUCCAUUCAGAUGUUUAAAGUGAUCUCACAAUACCUGGACAGGCGACUUCAAAAGGCUCAGAACAGCGUGGCCAGGUUUCUGCGGCACUGCCUGCAGUGCUGCUUCUGGUGUUGGGAGAAGAUGGUGAAGUUUUUAAACAGAAAUGCCUAUAUCAUGAUUGCAUUAUAUGGCAAAAACUUCUGUGCGUCAACAAGAGAUGCUUUCAAUCUGCUCAUGAGAAACAUUUUGAAAGUCGCAGUUACGGAUGAAAUCAUACACUUUGUCUUACUCCUGGGAAAAGUUCUCGUUUCCGGGAUUGUAGGCAUCUUGGCCUUCCUACUCUUCACAGAAAGACUGCAACAAAUUGUAGAGGGACCAACAACCUUAAAUUACUACUGGGUCCCUUUCCUGACUGUUCUGCUUGGAUCUUAUCUGGUUGCUCAUGCGUUCUUCAGUGUCUAUUCAAUGUGUGUUGAAACCAUUUUCAUCUGCUUCUUGGAAGACGAGGAAAGAAAUGAAGGCUCUGCUUCAAGACCCUAUUUUAUGACUCCAACUCUAAGGAACAUUUUGGUAAAGCCGCAGUGGAGUGAGAAGCAGUAG